GCGGAAGUGGAAGCGCAGAGUGCGGGCUCCGGGUUCCGCCUGUGGACGCUCACGGAUCCUCCCCGACGACACCGCCUCGUUUCAGCGCCUCGAGUCGAGCACGGACCCCGGGAGAGAUGGCUCAACGCUUACCGGCGUGUGUGGUGGACUGCGGCACAGGUUACACCAAACUGGGGUAUGCAGGGAACACAGAGCCACAGUUCAUCGUUCCAUCAUGUAUCGCCAUCAAAGAAUCAGCCAAGGUCGGGGACCAGGCCCAGCGGAGGAUGAUGAAGGGGGUGGACGACCUGGAUUUCUUCAUUGGAGAUGAAGCAGUAGACAAACCCUCAUAUUCCACUAAGUGGCCAAUCCGUCAUGGGAUUGUGGAGGACUGGGACCUCAUGGAGCGCUUCAUGGAGCAGAUCAUCUUCAAGUACCUGAGGGCGGAGCCUGAGGACCACUACUUCCUCCUGACCGAGCCUCCUCUCAACACACCGGAGAACCGAGAGUACACAGCUGAGAUCAUGUUCGAGUCCUUCAACGUGCCCGGGCUUUACAUCGCUGUGCAGGCUGUGCUCGCCCUGGCAGCCUCCUGGACCUCCAGACAGGUGGGAGAGAGGACGCUGACGGGGACGGUCAUCGACAGCGGAGACGGUGUCACUCACGUCAUCCCUGUGGCUGAAGGUUACGUUAUCGGCAGCUGUAUAAAGCACAUCCCCAUCGCAGGGAGAGACAUCACCUACUUCACCCAGCAGCUCCUGAGGGAGAGGGAGGUGGGCAUCCCCCCCGAGCAGUCGCUGGAGACAGCUAAGGCGGUGAAGGAGCGGUACAGCUACGUGUGCCCGGAUCUAGUCAAAGAGUUCAGCAAGUACGACACAGACGGCUCCAAGUGGAUCAAGCAGUACACCGGCAUCAACUCCAUCAGCAAGAAGGAGUUCACCAUCGACGUCGGCUACGAGCGCUUCCUCGGACCGGAGAUCUUCUUCCACCCGGAGUUUGCCAACCCUGACUUCACCCAGCCCAUCUCCGAGGUCGUGGACGAGGUCAUUCAGAACUGCCCCAUUGAUGUCAGGCGUCCGCUCUACAAGAACGUUGUUCUCUCAGGAGGCUCCACCAUGUUCAGGGACUUCGGGCGCCGCCUGCAGAGAGAUCUAAAGAGGUCGGUUGAUGCCCGACUGAAGAUGAGCGAGGAGCUGAGUGGAGGAAAGCUCAAGCCAAAACCAAUCGAUGUCCAGGUCAUCACUCAUCAUAUGCAGAGAUAUGCAGUGUGGUUUGGAGGAUCAAUGUUAGCAUCAACUCCGGAGUUCUACCAGGUCUGCCACACCAAGAAGGACUAUGAAGAGAUCGGGCCGAGCAUCUGUCGCCACAACCCUGUGUUCGGAGUCAUGUCUUAACUCAGGACCCGACAGUCGAACAGCAGCGGGGGGGAGCUGCGACAGGUUGGAGCGGAGAGGGGGGGGGGUUGUAUUGAUGGAAGGUAGUCAGGAUCAGGAGGUGGGAAGAUGGCGGCGCUUCUGUGCUUUUCGGUUAGUCGUUCAGCUGUGGGGACGCAGAGGAGAUCCAGAAUAUAAAAAGAUUUAAAAAAAGGAAAAGAGACCAGACCAGACACAGACCGGCUGGAGAGUUUAUUGUGAAUGUUCUUUUCUUAUCUUCUGUGUUUCCUGCUUUCUUUCUUUCUUUCUUACUUUUCUUUUUUCUUGCUUUACUUUUCUUUUUCAAAAUGAGGGAAAAUGGUUCGUAAACCAAAACGAUUUAAAAAAAAACAAACUUUCUGGAUCUGUUGAGCAAAAUGCAGUGAGUGACGAUGAUGAUGAUGAUGAUGAUGAUGAUGCAUAUACAGGUGGUGUUGGUGGAGGCCGAAGAUGAUGACAGAAACAUUGAUAGUAAUUUCCUGACACCAGAACAUAUUAUUUAUGUUUAUCGAGCACGAGUCCAGGCGAGAUCUGACGACUCCUGAAACCAUUGACGAGUUUAGAACAUAUUAUUGUCUGCGUUUAAUUUCUGCAAAGAAUAUCAGCUUCAAAUUUCCAUGUCUGUGUAUCACGAUAAGAGCUUGUUUAUAUUUCAUACAAAAGUUUUUAUAUGUAAAACUAUGGAAAUCAGGGGUAAAAAAAAGAAAAUGUAAUCGAUUACAAUAUGAACAAACGACUGUUUUAAAAACCAUGAUGCAGCUUUGAUACGCAGUAUUUGUUCGGGUGGGCGUGCCGUUGUUCCCCAUGUGUCAUCGCUGUCUUGCCCUUUAAUUCUCAAUCCAUAGAUUCACAUCUGUUUCACUUCAGACUGUCAGGUUUCCAUCUCUGAUGCAGUGAGAGAAGAGAGAGAGAGAGAGAGAGAGGACUUUCUGAGGUUACACAAAGGAACGACUGUCAGACCAGUAUUGUUAGACUAGAAGUUUUUUUUUUAUUAUUAAAUACCAAAUUAUUAAAAUAAUGGAAUUUGUGUAUUUAAUGCCUUGCAACAUUCCAAUAAAGGCUCAAAUUUGUUUCUAA